CGGAGCAACGAACACAUUCGUUGAUAUCUUCACGGCAGUUGCAAUUUUUGAUUUUGUACAGAGCUCAUCUAGCCAUCUAGGACUUGUUCAUGGCCAUGGUCAAUGCACACGAUGACGAACGAAUUCAAGAACGAACACUGUGAUCACACUGAUAACGACACGUCGACACCAGAUCGUGUGACGUUCCUUCCGAACAACCAAAGUCAUGCACCGAGUCCUGGAUAUUUUAGGAUGUCUGCUUGUAGGAACAGCAUUAUGCAACAGUCAGUUGAUCUUCCCCUGGAUGUAUCCGGUGGAAUUCGCCUAUUGGGCAUUGGGCGGUCCCGGUAUCGGUGCCGCUGUUCCUGAUCCCGGCAUUGCAGGGGGAUAUUUUGAUCCCCUCAAUAUCCCCAUCAACCCUUCCAGCCCUGAUAGCAAAAGUAAAUCCAAAGCGGCAGCCGUUGUGCCAGCCACCACCGAUGCUUCCGCUUCCACCGGCACCACGACACCGCUGACCGCGGAUUUCCAUCCGCAGUCCGUUAAUAAUCCCAUGGAUCCCAUAACGGGAAAAACAAAGGACCAACAGAAAAAAGAUGAUACGGGAAAAGAUGAGGAUAAGGGUAUUCGAGAGGUUAGCGGGGCCACUACGACGGUGGAGACAGUGGAAGAUGUCCUGGAGGAAGAAGACGACGACCGUAGUGAUGCCGGCCAAAGCGAAAACCAGGCGUCGAACGCGAAUGAUCGCAAGAAGGUGCUGAAAUUCUCUUUGAUGCAAUUUGCGAAAGCACUUGAUAAAAGAAAACUGGCAAAGGCCAAAACAUCAGUCGUGGCAGGAAAUGUAUGAAUUUACCGUUACAUAAACGGUCUGUAAAUACUGUUCUUCUUAACCCUUCGAAAACCGAGAGGGUGGUGUGCAUCUACCGUAGCAUGUCGUAUCUAUAAACAGCAGCGUCAGUAUGUUCGUUCUCAAGCGUUUUUCUGGUUACUGUUAUCCCAUG